GAGGCCACAUUACAACAUAGUUCGUAUACUUUCAAUGGCUCUCUUUUUCUUCUUCCUUUUCUUCUUCUUCUUCUUCUUCUUCUUCUUCUUCUUCUUCUUCUUUCAGCUCCGCCAGAUCAGAAUCAAUGGCGACUUAAUUCAGAGUAGCUCAAAUCCUCGGCAAUGGAACAAGCUGCUCUUAUACAUUCUUCAUCUCUUACCAGAUUCCCUUGUCGUCAUGGGAAAGCCUCUCUCCGAUCCUUCUUACUUCUUCAACCUAUCACUCUCCUCAAUCCACGAGAUCUUCCGAUUCGUACCUCUGGCUCUCUUCGUCUUCCCCGGCGAUCAAUUCGUCUACUGGCGAAAGCGGCCUGCGAAAGCCACACUCACGAUCACCAACACCAUCAUCAUCACCACGAGCACGAUCACAAUCAUAACCAUCACCGACAUUGCUGCUCUGUGGGACUAACGGUGUCGAAUUAUCCUCAGAAAGUGUUGAUCAAGUUCGCUAAAGCUAUUGGAUGGAUUCGAUUGGCCAAUUUCCUCAGAGAGAAUCUCCAUCUCUGCUGUUCCUCCGCCGUACUGUUCAUCGCCGCCGCCGCUUGUCCUUACUUGAUCCCUAAACCCUACAUUAAACCUCUUCAGAAUUCCAUGAUGAUUGCCGCUUUCCCUCUUGUUGGAAUUUCAGCAUCUCUCGACGCACUUAUGGAUAUAGCUGAAGGAAAAGUGAACAUCCAUGUUUUAAUGGCACUAGCAGCUUUUGCAUCUGUGUUUAUGGGAAAUGCUCUUGAAGGAGGAUUGCUUUUAGCCAUGUUCAAUCUUGCUCAUAUUGCUGAGGAGUUCUUCACUAGUCGGUCGAUGGUGGAUGUAAAAGAGUUGAAGGAGAGUAAUCCAGAGUCUGCAAUGGUGAUUGAUGUGGAUAAUGAUAAUGCUCCAAACUUCUUCGAUUUGUCAUACAAAAGCGUCCAUGUGCACAAUGUAGAAGUUGGUUCCUAUAUUUUGGUAGGAACUGGUGAGAUUGUGCCUGUGGAUUGUAAAGUCUAUCAAGGUAAUGCAACCAUUACAAUUGAGCAUUUAACUGGGGAAGUGAAGCCAUUGGAGGCAAAAGCUGGAGAUAGAGUGCCUGGUGGUGCAAGAAACUUAGAUGGCAGAAUCAUUGUGAAGGCUACAAAGGCGUGGAAUGAGUCGACACUAAAUAGGAUUCUUCAGUUGACUGAGGAAGCAAACUCUAAUAAACCCAAACUUCAGAGAUGGCUUGAUGAGUUUGGUGAGGUUUACAGCAAGGUGGUGGUUGUUUUAUCAGUUGCUAUUGCCUUCCUUGGCCCAGUUUUGUUCAAAUGGCCGUUUCUCGGCACCACAGCAUGUAGAGGAUCUGUUUACAGAGCAUUAGGACUUAUGGUGGCGGCAUCACCGUGUGCCUUAGCAGUUGCUCCAUUGGCUUAUGCUACUGCUAUCAGUUCAUGUGCCAGGAAGGGAAUAUUGCUGAAAGGUGGACAAGUACUAGAUGCUCUAGCGUCUUGCCAUACUAUUGGUUUUGACAAAACCGGGACCUUAACAACCGGAGGCCUUACAUGCAAAGCAAUUGAACCCAUUUAUGGGCAUGAAACAGUAAAUAAUGCGAGUGUGACUCCUUGUUGUAUGCCAAACUGUGAAAAAGAAGCAUUAGCCGUUGCAGCUGCUAUGGAGAAAGGUACCACGCAUCCUAUUGGAAGAGCCAUGGUAGACCACAGUGUUGGGAAGGAUCUCCCUUCUGUCUCUGUUGAAAGCUUUGAGUAUUUUCCUGGUAGAGGACUUACCGCUACAGUUAACUGUGUUGAGUCGGUAACCGAAGAUAGUAAACUGCAGAAAGCGUCACUUGGUUCAGUAGAGUUCAUUACUUCGCUCUUCAAGUCACAAGACGAGCCUCGAAAGAUCAAGGACGCUGUAAAUUCCUCUCUGUACGGAAAUGACUUUGUUCAUGCUGUUCUUUCGCUUGAUCAAAAGGUAACGUUGAUCCACCUCGAAGAUCAGCCUCGUCCAGAGGUAUCAAAAGUUAUAAAAGAACUGAAAAGCUGGGGUGGACUCAGGAUAAUGAUGUUAACAGGAGAUCAUGAGUCAAGUGCUUUGAGAGUUGCAAAUUCCGUGGGUAUUGAUGAAGUCUACUGCAACCUAAAACCAGAAGACAAACUGAAUCAUGUGAAACACAUCUCAAGAGAUUCAGGUGGAGGAUUGAUCAUGGUGGGAGAAGGUAUUAACGAUGGCCCGGCUUUAGCGGCUGCAACCGUAGGGAUCGUUCUUGCUCAACGUGCGAGUGGAACUGCUAUAGCCGUUGCUGAUGUACUACUUCUUCGAGAUGACAUCACUGGUGUUCCCUUCUGUAUCGCCAAAUCCCGCCAAACAACAUCACUGGUCAAGCAAAACGUGGCUAUUGCGUUAACCUCGAUAUUUUUAGCCGCUCUUUCAUCAGUUCUCGGGUUUCUUCCUUUAUGCUUAACGGUACUGUUGCAUGAAGGUGGAACGCUUCUCGUGUGUCUUAACUCAAUACGCGGUUUAAACGAUCCUUCGUCGUCGUCAUAAUGGAAGAAGGAUACAUCUCAUAAGCACUGCACAUUACGGUGGAGUAACUCUUUUACAGUGAUGAAAAAUAAUGCACAUAUGUAUAGUGACAAUAAAAUGAUAUAAUCAUGUCUUCGAAAUGAAUUGAGUCUGAAAAUAGUAGCUUUUUUCUCUGCACUUGCUUUUCAUUGUUACACAAUCUCAUAGAGCUCUGCUUUGUGCUUUUUUUCUCUGUACAUUUCAACAUUUGCUUCUCGGGAAAAUAACAGAAUGGAAAAACGAUUUUCGAUUCAUCUCUCCCAAUCUGAUUCUUUCUAAAAUUUUAAUUAUUUCUUCUUCAUUCUCUCUCACUCACUUACUCGAUCUUCCCUAUCCCAAUGAACUCUCUAAACCCUACAUUGCGACCAUUGGCUCCUUGCACCAUACACGAGCUUCCCCCGCCGCCGUUUUCUCGCUGUAAAUCCGCCAUGUAACUCCUCACCUCCGUCUUAAUCAUCUCCUGCACCACCGUCAUAAAAUCCCCACUAAAUCCCGAAAUCCCUUUCUCCUUCUCCUCUGCUUCUUCUCUUCUCACCGGAAAUAGCUCUGCCGUGUCUCUCCCCGUUGACUCGUUGACCCAAGGGAGAGACAAACUCAGAGAAGUCGCCGGAUCUUUCGCCGCCGACGAUUCAAUCACCACUCCGCCAGCUCUCGCCGUCGGCUUAAAAACGUGAGAAAAGGACGGCAAAACAGGUCCGCAAGAUUGCUCGCUGACGUCAGAUCCCGAUGGACUUCCAGGGCUCAUAAACAACCCCGUCGACACAACUCCCCCGCCUCCGCUCGCCGUCCGUUUCAACGGCUUCUCAUCCGUUAAAUUACCGUCAUAACCUCCGUUUCCACCGAAAUCACAACUCUGUCCUUCGUCGGACGUCCAACCACCACCGCCGCCGCCGCCGCCGUUGCAUUUCCGCUUCAGCGUCGAGUUCCAAUGAUUCUUAAUGGCGUUAUCGGUGCGACCAUUGAGAAGCCGAGCUAUCGUCGCCCACUUGUUACCGAACCGCGCGUGAGCUCUCAGGAUCGUCUCGUCUUCCUCCGCCGAAAAAGCACGGUGCUCGACCUCCGGAGAAAGCUGAUUGCACCACCGUAACCGGCAAGAUUUACCGGAACGUCCAGGAAUCGAUUUGCUUAUAAGAGACCAGUUCCUUGGUCCGUGCUUUUGAACUAGCGACUGCAAUAGAUCGUCUUCUUCAGGACUCCAUGGACCUUUGAUCCGAUCCAUUUCUUUCCGGGUCGAACCAGACAUCGUCGGAUCUUUUUUUCUAUUUCAAAAUUAAUCGAAACCUUUUAAACGCGUUCUUCUUUGUUUUUGUUUUUGGAGAAGAAACGAUUUUGAGAGGAUAAG